UCUCUCACUCUCUCUCACCCACUCCCCCUCUCUUUCUCUCCCCAUCUCUGAUUAGAUAUACUGAUUCCUCAUUCAAUGGACGUCAUUUAGUGCGGAGUCUGCCUUGAGUUGCUUCCUCGCUUCACGCUCGAUUUCCGACCAUUCUUCCCUUAUUAAGUAUUCGUGUAAUAUUAAUAGUCAUGAAUAUCUGCUAUUAGGAGUCCGAGAGGAAGAAGAGGCAGCUCUUUUGCUAAAUAUGCGCCCAAGCGAGGGAACAGCUUACUGAGAGAGCGAAGGAGGCGAAGGAAAAGAGGAUCUAAGAAACUUAAAAAACACUCCGAUCCGCCAAGACCCUCCAAACAACAACAACAAAACUGCAUUUAUUUCUUUUUUUCUUUUUUGAAUUUUUUUAUUUUGGUUUUGGUUUCCGUCUCCAACAGCAGAUGAAGAACAUUGGGAAUUUUACCCAGGCUCUGAUGGAUUAUCGUGCUUCUUCUCCGCGUAUUUGAAUACUGGGACUCCGUGACCUCGACGCACAGACAAACAGAAAGAACGCAAGAAAGAAAGAGAAAUACAUAGAAAAGCCGCCUCAGUGCUGUGGGCUCUUUAUUCCGGUUCGACCGCUCCGGCUCUUUGCCCAGGUUUUUGCGUUCUCCUUGCAGAAACGCUCGGAAAUCUCUUCAGAUGUUAGUGCACAGCUUUUCCGCGAUGGAUCGCCAUGACGGGACCAGCAAUGGCACGGCCCGGUUACCUCAACUGGGCGGUGUGGGUCAGUCACCGUACACAAGUGCGCCACCGCUUUCUCACACGCCCAACUCGGACUUCCAGCCGCCCUACUUCCCGCCGCCCUACCAGCCCAUCUAUCCGCAGUCUCAGGACCCUUAUUCGCACGUCAAUGACCCCUAUUCCAUCAACUCGCUGCACGCGCAACCACAGCCCCAGCACCCGGGAUGGCCAAGCCAACGGCAGAGCCAGGAGAGCAGUCUACUGCACCAGCACCGCGGCCUGCCCCACCAACUGUGCCGGGAAUACCGCAGAGAGGUUCUGCUGCCGUCCGGCCACGGUCUCGAGACCGGCCUUACAGACUCUAUCCCAAUCCACGGAAUACCUCACUCUUUAGACGACGUGCAGCAUGUUGAGGAUCAAGGAAUUCACAUCCCUGACCAGACCGUCAUCAAGAAAGGUCCUGUUUCCUUGUCUAAGAACAACAGCAAUGUGUCGGCCAUCCCCAUUAACAAAGAUGGGCUCUUCGGCGGCGUGGUCAACCCAAACGAAGUGUUCUGCUCGGUCCCUGGCCGCCUGUCUCUACUCAGCUCCACCUCAAAGUACAAGGUCACGGUAGCAGAAGUGCAGAGACGCCUCUCGCCGCCCGAGUGCCUCAACGCUUCCCUGCUCGGCGGGGUGUUGAGAAGAGCAAAAUCCAAGAAUGGAGGAAGAUCCUUGAGAGAGAAACUGGACAAAAUCGGAUUAAAUCUACCUGCAGGAAGGCGCAAGGCCGCUAACGUGACCCUUCUGACGUCACUGGUGGAAGGCGAAGCCGUGCAUCUUGCCAGAGAUUUCGGUUAUGUAUGCGAGACCGAGUUCCCGGCCAAGGCAGUAGCUGAAUAUGUAAACCGUCAGCAUUCCGACCCAAAUGAACAAGUCCAAAGAAAAAACAUGUUAUUGGCAACGAAACAAAUCUGCAAAGAAUUCACCGACCUGCUCUCCCAGGACCGUUCGCCCCUAGGGAACUCUCGCCCGCAGCCCAUCCUGGAGCCCGGUAUCCAGAGCUGCUUGACCCACUUCAGUCUCAUUUCGCACGGCUUCGGGACUCCGGCUGUGUGCGCGGCCGUGACUGCGCUGCAGAACUAUCUGACCGAGGCCAUUAAAGCCAUGGACAAAAUGUACCUUAACAACAACCCGAACAGCCACUCCGAUUCUGGCACUAAAGGUGGGGACAAAGAUGAAAAGCACAGAAAGUGAUCACGACACGCCCGGGCCGCCCCAUUAACCUUACUACUACAUAUUAAAGAGAAUCACUAGUGACCAAGAUGACAGUCGUGCCAAUCAUUUUUAUUUUAUUAUUUUUUAUUUCCCCGAGCUUACUCCAUUCUCAAAAUGUGUUUGAGUUCUUUUCGAUAACAUGAACCAACCUGGAAUUGACGGAAGCUCUAUUUCUCCAAAUUAAAAGAAAAAACCUGGAAAAAAUCAGAAGAACAAUAAAGGAAGGAAAACCGACACGAUUUGCCACACGAGGACUUUUAAUGAACUCCAUCUUUUUUAUUACAAGCUGCAACGGACUGAAGCCUAGUCACCCCUUUUCAAUCCACGAUUGUAGCCAUGUGACAAAAAAGAAGCUGAAAGAGGAUGAUUUUUCUAUCAGUAUUGUGAAUAAUAAACUUGAAAGAAAGAAAAGAAAGACAUAAAAAUAGCUCCACAGUUCCAUCGCCAUGACAUCAGACAUAAGACGUUUCACUCUGAGCGACCAACUUGAACUUUUGAAAUUUCAACACGAUUCACGGUUAUAUGAGGGAAUCUGUGUUCAUGUAUGUAUAUAUUUAUUUAUGUGUAAUUUAACGGGAACUGUAAAUAUGGUGCGUCUGUUGAAACUUUUUUAUUUAUCUGGUGCCUCCUGUUUUAGUGGGUUUGAAUAUUCGCUUAGUUCUUCAUGUGGUUUUAUGGUUCUUAGAAAAACAGAAGUUUUUGGGGGUUAUUUUUGUUUUUUUUUCCUCUGGGAAUAUUUCAACUCAGCCCUCUUGUAGCAUGUUGAGGCGUCAUCGAAGCAAGUGAACAAAUUGAAUAGAAAUAAACGUCCAUUUCUCUAUAUAUCAUCCUUUUGCCAUUCAGUUUUAAAUCGAAAAAAAAAACGACAAGAAAGACCCCGACGAGACUCUAGUUUUGUGUUUCUAUUUUCUUGUUUUUUUAUACGAGCUUUUAUGUGUUGUGCCAAUCAGAAUACGUUUCACCUCUUGUUCUUCCCUCAAAGCACCAUAAGAGCAAUAAAUGGAUAGCCUAUUGUCCUCAAAAAUAUUUUUUCUUUUCUUUUCUUUUUUUUUGAAAAUUAAAAAAAAAAAAAAACAUUUGGGACCAUCUGAUAUCUUGUAUGUCCAAUGUCCAAUUGGAGGCGGUUUUAUCUGUAUUGUAUAGGCCUGUGUUGGCAAUAGUUCCCAUGCCUGUUAAUGUAUUAUAGUCAUUUGUUGCCCAGGAAAAAAAUAAAUAUUUGAUACGCUUCA